UAUCUGCCAUAUUUUCUACUGUGUAAAGGGUUGAGGGUUGGAUUUGAUAUAAAACUAUUCUGGGAAAGUUCACAUGGCGAAUAUUGUUACUAAUUAGCUAAACUAAUCCUAUACAAGCAUUGCUUUUCAACUAGAGCCAUGCAUUGGGAUCACCUGUGAUUACACAAGAACCAGAUGAUGUUGAUUGCUUGUGGGAGGGGGAACUGGUGGCCAAUGGUUGAGAACAGGACUUUUUAUGCUGAUGUAGCCCAGCAGUUCCAGUAUGCUGUGCGGGUGAUUGGCAGCAACUUCGCCCCAACUGUUGAAAGAGAUGAAUUUCUAGUAGCUGAAAAAAUCAAGAAAGAGCGUACGGUCGUUAGUGGCUUCCGGCUGGUGGUGUUCCACCCAAGUGGGUCCUGGCUGGUGGUGUUCCACCCUAGUGGGUCCUGGCUGGUGGUGCUCCCUAGUGGGUCCUGGCUGGUGGUGUUCCACCCUAGUGGGUCCUGGCUGGUGGUGUUCCACCCUAGUGGGUCCUGGCUGGUGGUGCUCCCUAGUGGGUCCUGGCUGGUGGUGUUCCCUAGUGGGUCCUGGCUGGUGGUGCUCCCUAGUGGGUCCUGGCUGGUGGUGCUCCCUAGUGGCCAGUUCGUCACUUGUGUGGUGAUGGUGCCUCUCCCCGGGACGUCCUUCGCAGUUUUCCUGCUGUUGUCUUUACCUCCAAAUCCAAGUUUCUUGGUGCAGCGUGGAGGCCUCAUUCCGAUUUCCAAACAGGGAGUUUUGAAAAAUAAAUGGUCAAUACUCUACCUCUUGCUGAGCCUCAGUGAGGACCCACGCAGGCCGCCAAGCAAGGUUUCUAGCUAUGCUACGUUAUUUGCUCAGGCCUUACCCAGAGAUGCCCACUCAACCCCUUACUACUAUGCCAGGCCUCAGACCCUUCCCCUGAGCUACCAGGAUCGGAGUGCCCAGUCAGCCCAGAGCUCCGGCAGCGUGGGCAGCAGUGGCAUCAGCAGCAUCGGCCUGUGUGCCCUCAGUGGCCCCGCGCCUGCGCCACAGUCUCUCCUUCCGGGACAGUCUCAUCCAGCUCCGGGAGUAGGAGAUUGCCUUCGACAGCAGUUGGGGUCACGACUCGCAUGGACUUUAACUGCAAAUCAGCCUUCUUCACAAGCCACUACCUCAAAAGGUGUCCCGAAUGCUGUGUCUCGCAACAUGACAAGGUCCAGGAGAGAAGGGGAUACGGGUUGUACUAUGGAAAUUACAGAAGCAGCUCUGGUAAGGGACAUUUUGUACGUCUUUCAGGGCAUAGACGGCAAAAAUAUCAAAAUGAACAACACUGAAAAUUGUUACAAAGUAGAAGGAAAGGCAAAUCUAAGUAGGUCUUUGAGAGACACAGCAGUCAGGCUCUCUGAGUUGGGAUGGUUGCAUAAUAAAAUCAGAAGAUACACGGACCAGAGGAGCCUGGACCGCUCAUUCGGACUCGUCGGGCAGCCAGGAAGGAAAGGAGGUGAGCUGGCCUCAGCUGUCCACGCCUACACAAAAACAGGAGACCCGUACAUGCGGUCUCUGGUGCAGCACAUCCUCAGCCUCGUGUCUCAUCCUGUUUUGAGCUUCCUGUACCGCUGGAUAUAUGAUGGGGAGCUUGAGGACACUUACCACGAAUUUUUUGUAGCAUCAGAUCCAACAGUUAAAACAGAUCGACUGUGGCAUGACAAGUAUACUUUGAGGAAAUCGAUGAUUCCUUCAUUUAUUACGAUGGAUCAGUCUAGGAAGGUCCUUUUGAUAGGAAAAUCAAUAAAUUUCUUGCACCAAGUUUGUCAUGAUCAGACUCCCACUACAAAGAUGAUAGCCGUGACCAAGUCUGCAGAGUCACCCCAGGACGCCGCAGACCUGUUCACAGACUUAGAAAAUGCAUUUCAGGGGAAAAUUGAUGCUGCUUAUUUUGAGACCAGCAAAUACUUGUUGGAUGUUCUCAAUAAAAAGUACAGCUUGUUGGACCACAUGCAGGCAAUGAGACGGUACCUGCUUCUUGGUCAAGGAGACUUCAUAAGGCACUUAAUGGACUUGCUAAAACCAGAACUUGUCCGUCCAGCUACAACUUUGUAUCAGCAUAACUUGACUGGAAUUCUAGAAACCGCUGUCAGAGCCACCAACGCACAGUUUGACAGUCCUGAGAUCCUGCGAAGGCUGGACGUGCGGCUGCUGGAGGUCUCUCCAGGUGACACUGGAUGGGAUGUCUUCAGCCUUGAUUAUCAUGUCGACGGACCAAUUGCAACUGUGUUUACUCGAGAAUGUAUGAGCCACUACCUAAGAGUAUUUAACUUCCUCUGGAGGGCGAAGCGGAUGGAAUACAUUCUCACCGACAUACGGAAGGGACACAUGUGCAAUGCAAAGCUCCUGAGAAACAUGCCAGAGUUCUCUGGGGUGCUGCACCAGUGUCAUGUUUUGGCCUCUGAGAUGGUCCAUUUCAUUCAUCAGAUGCAGUAUUACAUCACAUUUGAGGUGCUUGAAUGUUCUUGGGAUGAGCUUUGGAACAAAGUCCAACAGGCCCAGGAUUUGGAUCACAUCAUUGCUGCACACGAGGUGUUCUUAGACACCAUCAUCUCCCGCUGCCUGCUGGACGGUGACUCCCGGGCACUCUUAAAUCAACUUAGAGCUGUGUUUGAUCAAAUUAUUGAACUUCAGAAUGCUCAAGAUGCAAUAUACAGAGCUGCUCUGGAAGAAUUGCAGAGACGAUUACAGUUUGAAGAGAAAAAGAAACAGCGUGAAAUUGAGGGCCAGUGGGGAGUGACGGCAGCAGAGGAAGAGGAGGAAAAUAAGAGGAUUGGAGAAUUUAAAGAAUCUAUACCGAAAAUGUGCUCACAGUUGCGAAUAUUGACCCAUUUCUACCAGGGUAUCGUGCAGCAGUUUUUGGUGUUACUGACGACCAGCUCUGAUGAAAGUCUUCGGUUUCUUAGCUUCAGGCUGGACUUCAAUGAGCAUUACAAAGCCAGGGAGCCCAGGCUCCGCGUGUCUCUGGGUACCAGGGGGCGGCGCAGCUCCCACACGUGAAGCUCGCGGUCCUCGCAGGGAGCUGCAGAUGAUGUUCGUUGCACCGCUAGACACGAAAUUCCCAUCGACGUCCUCCAGGACCUGCACGCUGCGGGUGUCCUGCCCUUCUGCCCACGAGUGUGCCAUGUUUCAGCGGAGCGGCGUGCGGGAGAAGCCACGCGUGUUUCUCACGUCGGAGCCGAAUGCAUUUGUAAAUCACUAAGUCAAGUAGGCUGGCUGCCCUGUUCACAUUUGUCUCAAAAGUCUUCAUCGCUAAAAGAUACCAUAAUUUGCUGAGGCUUCUUAAGCUUUCUAUGUUAUACUUUAUAUUUGUCACUUUAAAAAAUCCAUUUCUUUUAGAAAAAAUUAGGGUGAUAGCAUAUUCAUUAGUUAAGAUGGUAACGUCAUUACUAUUUUUUUAACAUCCUCUUUAGAGGUAAUUUUUGUUAACAUAACCAAAAAUUAAAUUGAAACAAAAUGUCCCAACUAAGAACAUAUAUAGAGCAUUUUAUUUUUUUUGAGUGUUGUAAAAUAUUAGCCUCUGUGAGAUCCUUUGUAUCUUAAUGCAUUACCUUUACACAUAUUUAUUCUUAUUUUCUCUCCUUCCAGAGUUUACAUUUUUAUAUUUAAUUUACUAUUUCAGAUUUUUAAAAUAGUAUAGAAAAAAGUAGGAGUGAUAGAGAACAAAAAUACUGUUACACAGUGCAACCCAAAUACCGUGAAUGCGUCAGCUAAAGCAGCGUGUACAUAGGAAUGAUGAGAAAAAGUUAAUGGAGUAUUUUAUUUUCAAAGUCCCUGAUAAGCAUUGGAAAGAAAUCGACAUGGAUAAUGAAGAUUUCCUUUUUCCUUGCCUAUUUUUUCAUUGUAAAUAUUUAUAUACUACUGACCAAGAUGUUGGGGUGGGGGGGAUUGUUUUUUGUAAAAAUGUCAUUAUCAGGUCACAUAAAUCUGCCUUUAUGUUGCAUAAGUGAAAAUUUAGAAAAUUAAAAGCAAUUAUCUUUCAGAUGCA